AAGAGAUUCAUACAACUUCCCUUUGAACAAAUUCUUCUUCUUGAGAGAAAAUGUCUUCUUUCCGCUAUCAAUUUGUAGUUGCUCUAUUUUGUGGAAUUGUGCUUGAAGGAUCAUUAUCUCAGGCUCAGCUGAGUCCAACUUUUUACGCUGCAACAUGCCCUUUCGCAUCCAACAUUAUACGUGGAGUUCUCUUCAGAGCCUUUCAGUCUGAUCCCAGAAUUGGCGCCAGUCUCAUUAGACUUCAUUUUCACGACUGUUUUGUUCAGGGCUGUGAUGCAUCGCUAUUGCUCGAUGGCACCAGCACAAUAGACAGCGAGAAAGGAGCUUUUGGAAAUAAUAACACAGCCAGAGGUUUUGAAGUUGUUGAUCAAAUGAAGGCCGCUCUGGAAAUGGCCUGUCCUGGAAUUGUUUCUUGUGCAGAUAUUCUUGCUAUUGCAGCUGAAGAAUCUGUUUUCUUGUCAGGAGGACCCUCAUGGCCAGUUCCAGUAGGAAGAAGAGAUAGCACCACAGCUAACCGAACUCUCGCCAAUCAAAAUCUUCCAGGACCCACUGAAACCCUUGACGGACUCAAAGCCAAGUUCCAAAAUGUUGGCCUCAACGGCAACACUGAUCUAGUUGCACUAUCUGGAGCUCACACAUUUGGGAGGGCACAGUGUCGUUUUUUCAUUCAUAGAUUAUACAAUUUUAACAACACAAAUCUUCCUGAUCCAACCCUAGACACAACCUUGUUACAACAGCUUCAAGCUCUUUGCCCACAAGGAGGAAACGGCAGUGUUUUGACUAAUCUUGAUGCCUCAACUCCCGAUGCUUUUGACAACGAUUAUUUCACCCUUCUUCAACAAAAGAAAGGACUUCUUCAGACUGAUCAAGAGCUCUUCUCAACUCCUGGCGCCGAUACCGUUGACAUUGUUAACCUCUACAGCUCCAACCAGGGAGUUUUCUUUCAAAGCUUCGCGGUGUCGAUGAUCCGGAUGGGAAACCUGAGCCCUUUGACAGGGAGUCAAGGAGAAGUUAGAUUGAACUGCAGAAGGGUUAAUGGAAAUGGAAUUUCAAGUGUGUUUAAUGGUGAUGAUAUGGUUAGCUCCAUGUAAGUGAAGGGAGGAAGGAUAGUGUGAAAAUAAUUUCGGGUGCUGUUUGUAAUAUUAUAAAAGUUUUUAUUUGUUGAAAGAGAGUUUGUGCUUCAUAAACUCAUGUUGUAAUUGUCAAUGUUUGGCAGAAAUAAAAAAAAUAUA